CUCCAGUACAAAAGCCUUAUUUUUAAAAACAUGAUUUAACAUAUUAAAGAAUAUCAACGGUACAAGAUCCAUGCAAGUCCAUAAGUGCAGUUGUUGAUAAGGUAAAUAAAUACAUAUGCAUUAAUUUAGAAGAGGCAAUCUGUUGCCUCACUAAUCUGGAUUUUCAGAUCCACAAAGUUUCCAUUAGAUUGGCUGAUGCGUCCAAUAACCUUUCCGCGUCCCAGCUCUUUCCCCCGCGGUGAUCCCGUUUUGACACCGAGACAAAAACAAAAAAGCAGUAUGAAUGGUGAAGGAGCGAGCAGGCAGGGAGAAAGCAAGAGGAGGCGGUUAGUCUUUGUAGUCGGUGAGGAAUGCGGAAACGCUCCUGCUCUGUGUCAAACUGCUCUGAAGGGGGUCAAGGCACAUUCAGCCAGCGUGGGAAAGCGAGGAGGAGACCGAGCACACACACACGCUGCAUAUUCCUGCAUAGAUGGGAAAAUCAUAAAGGGGGAAGGACGGCCAUAGCAGAUCGAUGAAAAUCAGUCACUUUUUUAAUCCACUCCGCUUUUUUGAGGGACUGAUCAGACGAUCUUUCACUUGAUUUGCUGUUGCAGUGGUGUGGUACUGCUGGGAGAUGGGGUUUAGCGCGUGCACCAUCCGACUACCUGUGUGGCCCGUUGCGAGGACACUGCACGAGCUGUGAUGCGUGUGGAGACGCUGGGAAAGUUACUGAAGUUUAUGAAUGACGCGAGACUCUCCGGGCGGAAUAUAACAAACGGGGCAGUGCACGUGCCAGCGCCGCUCUCCCAAUAAUGCCUUUGUGAAAUAUCCGCGCGCUCGUCACGUUUCGGGAUUCCCCGCAGUAGGCUACCUCGCCGUGAGAAAAAAUGGACAAAGAGAACUUGACCCAACAAUAUGAGCCGGUGGCUGAGAUCGGCGAAGGUGCAUACGGAAAGGUGUACAAAGCACGGGAUUUGAAGAAUGGGGGUCGCUUUGUUGCCCUGAAAAGAGUUCGGGUGCAGACCGAGGAAGAGGGAAUGCCGCUGUCAACCAUCCGCGAGGUGGCGGUGCUGAGGCAGCUGGAGUCCUUUGAGCAUCCCAAUGUGGUCAGGUUGUUUGACGUAUGCACAGUUUCCAGGACUGACCGGGAAACCAAACUAACUUUGGUCUUUGAGCACGUGGACCAAGAUUUAACCACAUAUUUGGAGAAAGCACCUGAUCCAGGAGUGCCACCUGAAACCAUAAAGGAUAUGAUGUACCAGCUGCUGCAGGGUCUGGAUUUCCUCCACUCUCACCGUGUAGUUCAUCGAGAUCUUAAGCCUCAAAACAUUCUAGUCACCAGUGGAGGACAGAUCAAGCUGGCUGAUUUUGGUCUGGCUCGGAUCUACAGCUUUCAGAUGGCUCUUACUUCUGUGGUGGUGACGUUAUGGUAUCGUGCUCCUGAGGUGCUGCUUCAGUCCAGCUAUGCUACUCCUGUGGAUCUGUGGAGUGUCGGCUGCAUCUUUGCUGAGAUGUUCAGACGGCGCCCUCUUUUCCGUGGGAACUCUGAUGUUGACCAGUUAGGCAAGAUUUUUGAUGUGGUGGGGGUCCCUUCUCCAGAGGACUGGCCACAGGAGGUGGGCUUGCCACAAAGUGCCUUUUCCCCUCGCCCUCCCCAGCCCAUAGAGGACCUGGUGCCUGACAUGGAUGAGCUGGGCAAAUCACUUUUACUUCGGUUUCUGUCAUUUAACCCCUCCAGAAGGAUAUCGGCUUAUGAUGCACUGUCUCACCCAUACUUCCAGAGUCUCGACAGCACCAGCAAGAGUCUGUACGCCCAACCCUUCCCCAGCAAAAAGCCCUCCCUGGAGGAGAGAGCUGCUUGAAAGACAUUGUUUCCCACUGUAGACAAAGACCCCCAUCCAGUCCCCCUGUGAACUAGUCUUCCAGAGCAUAACAUCACAUGCUGCUUUUAAAAAUAUCACCGCAACUAUUGGUCGAUCGUGUUUUGUCUUUGCCCUCACUACUGCCAGCUAAUACGGAUCAACAACAUGCUGCCUGGAAUUACAUGUUUGACAAUAUCAGAAGCUGCUCUCGUCUCCCACCCACCUUCCUGAAAGGAAGUUUGUCUGCUCAGAGGAAAAUGUGCUUCUCGAAUCUGAAGCCGCAUCAUGACACUGCCAGGGAUUGUCCGUCUGUUUGCAUAAAUGCAAUGUACAGGUCUAAACUGAGUCUUAGCUGCACAUCACUGCCAUGAAACAGUAAGGUCUUACGUGGGACCGUGUCAGUCUCACUUGGAUUAAGCAAAUGUAGAACCACAACUACUGCAAAUUCAGGCCCGUUGAACGGAACCUCUUAUUUUACACCUUAAGAUAUAAUCGCUAAUUCACUUUUUUUUUUUUGAGCUCACACUUUCUAAGUCCUCUCAGUCUCAGGCCAGGAGGAUUUUUGUGUUGUUUUCUGCCAUGUUGUUACUCUGCAGUUCAAGCUGGACAAUGUGACUUUUUUUUUUUGAUGACUGCAUAACCACAGACACGCAGAAUCAUUUAGUGCUCUAUUUAAUAUGGCAAACAUUUCAUCACAAGCAUCCUGGUAUCUUUUGAAUUGUCCAGGACAGAGCUACCAAAUGCUUUGAAGCACUAUUUAACACCAUAUUUCCUUGAUUAUAAUGUAAUUCUACAUGUAUUUUUUUUUCUUCAAUAUAAGUUCCACAUCCUGUUCACUUAUUUUAUGUCAGUGUUGAUUGUUGACAUUUCUUUUUUUUUUUUUGGCAUGUUAUGUCUUAAUUUUAGUGAACUUGAAGGUGUAGGUUGUUGUAGAAAAACCGUUGAUACGUAUACCAAACAGUCUGCACCCUGUUGUCAGGGAUUUAGUGCCGAGACGUAGUCGAAGGAUGACCCUCGCUGGGUUGCAUGUUGACUUUAGGGUUGAUUUAGAGCAGCAACAAACCAAGAUGGAUAACAGAAAUACAUGUAUGAAAGUGUUAGCGCAUAGUUGUGAAAGUCUAGUAAAAGUAGCUAUAGAGUUGGCGAGUGUUAAGUUCAAGGUCAGGUUGCGAGAUUCGUUCGAGGCUCGGAGAGUAAUGUAUUAUCCCAUAAUUCAAUGAUUAAGUCCAAGUCCUUUCUUAUACACGCAAUGCUGCAUCCUUCCAUUUCCAAUUUCACUUCAUUGUCUGGAUAGAUCAUCACAAAUGGCCGCUAGAUGGUUUGUUUUCAGUGCCUUCGUGUUUAGAGUGUGACGAACAAGUGGAGGGAAGGAAGGACGCUGCUUCAGAAUUUAGCAUUUAGCCUGGUGAAUCCAGGUGAAGCUGUUUGAUGAGGGAUGAGGAGCUAUAGGCAGGCACUGUAGUACUACAAAACAUCCACACAGUUAAAGGGAUAGUUCACCCAAAAAUGAAGAUUCUGUCA